AUGGCGAGAUGGCACAAGACGGACAAGAAGAGUGGCGUGGCUAUAUACAAUUUCAAAGGCACAGGAAUACCACAGUUACCUCUACAGAUUGGUGAUGUGGUCCAUAUCUUGGAGGCCUGUGAAGAUUGGUACAAGGGUUAUCUAGUAAGACAUAAAGGAUCAGAGGGAAUAUUUCCUAAAUCUUUCAUCCAUAUCAAGGAAGUUACUGUUGAAAAGAAAAGACAUAAGGAAAAUACAGUACCUGCUGAAAUUCCUUUAGUUCAAGAAGUUACCACUACGCUGUGGGAAUGGGGAAGCAUCUGGAAACAGCUCUAUGUGACAAAUAAGAAAGAGCGUUUCCAGCAGAUGCAGUCUAUGAUGUAUGACUUAAUGGAGUGGCGGUCACAGCUUCUCUCUGGGACUUUGCCAAAAGAUGAGCUCAAAGAACUCAAGCAGAAAGUCACUUCCAAAAUUGACUAUGGUAACAAGAUACUUGAGCUAGAUCUAAUAGUUAGAGAUGAAGAUGGAAAUAUCUUGGAUCCAGAUAAAACCAGUGUCAUCAGCCUAUUUCACGCACAUGAAGAAGCAACUAAUAAAAUCACUGAGCGAAUUAAGGAGGAAAUGACGAAGGAUCAACCAGAUUAUGCAUCGUAUUCCCGUAUGGCUUCAUCCCCCACCCACAGCCUAUAUGUCUUUGUGCGGAAUUUUGUUUGCCGAAUUGGAGAGGAUGCAGAACUCUUUAUGUCACUAUACGACCCACAGAAAUUAACAAUUAUAAGUGAGAACUACUUGGUGCGGUGGGGGAGCAGAGGCUUUCCAAAGGAAAUUGAUAUGCUCAACAAUCUUAAAGUAGUGUUCACAGAUCUUGGAAAUAAAGACCUUAGCAGAGACAAAAUUUAUUUAGUUUGUCAAAUAGUCCGAGUUGGAAGGAUGGAUCUCAAAGACAGUAACUCAAAGAAAUACACACAAGGACUAAGGCGGCCUUUUGGAGUGGCAGUUAUGGAUAUUACAGAUAUCAUAAAAGGAAAAGCUGAAAGUGACGAAGAAAAGCAGCAUUUCAUUCCCUUUCACCCGGUUGUGGCAGAGAAUGACUUCUUACAUAGUCUCCUAAGCAAAGUCACUGCAUCAAAAGGAGACAGUGGUGGACAAGGUCUCUGGGUAACUGUGAAAAUGCUUGUUGGAGAUGUGAUUCAAACUAGAAAGGACUAUCCACAUCUUGUAGACAGAACCACAGUUGUUGCUAGAAAGCUAGGAUUUCCUGAAAUUAUCAUGCCAGGCGAUAUAAGAAACGACAUUUAUAUUACAUUGCUGUAUGGCGAUUUUGAUAAAUACAAUAAAACAACUCAGAGAAAUGUGGAAGUGAUAAUGUGUGUCUGUGAUGAAGAAGGAAAGGUGAUGCCAAAAAUAUGCUUAAAAUACUGGGGGCCUGUUCACCGGGAAAGGUUCAUUUCAGCCCCGGGCCUGAGCCACGGUCCCGGUACGUCAGAGGAGCUGCUGUGCCCCCGGCACUACCCCCACCCUCCAUGGCGGUUCCCUGAGGGCGCAGGGGCGCGGAUCAGCGCACUGGCGCAGGGCAGCCCGCGGCUGUCGCUGUGA